GACCCACGUCCUCGUUCCUGAACCCUAUGACGUCUAAUGUCAGCGACAAGCAUGGUGGAAACGCACGCUGGCAGUGUUGACUGGUGUAGAUGAACUAUCGAGAGUUGAUCUAAAGUUUACGUCUGAGUUGGGAAAAUAAUAACAACUUUUGGAGAGGGACUAGUUGCUUUAUGCAGGAUAAUGGCUAGCAAUACGCUACAAUUCAAAACCAACUAUGCGGUAUCCAGUAAAAUCGAACCGUUUUACAAGGGAGGAAAAGUACAGAUUAACAAAGAUGAGGAAUACAUCUUCUGCACAUGUGGCACACGGGUGAACAUCUUGGAGAUUGCAACGGGUCAGCUCACUCGCAGUAUUGAGCAGGAUGACCAAGAGGACAUCACGUCAUUCGCCCUCAGUCCCGACGACGAGUUCCUGGUGACGGCCAGCCGUGCCCUGGUGCUCAAACAGUGGGACUGGAAGACAGGCCUCUGCACCCGAAGCUGGAGGGCCAUCCACAACACCCCGGUGGCCAGCAUGACCUUUGACAGCACUUCCACCCUGCUGGCCACAGGAGGGUGUGAUGGUACCAUUAAGCUGUGGGAUGUGUUGAAACAGUACUGCACACACAACCUGAAAGGAUCUGCUGGCGUAGUGCACCUCGUGCAGUUCCACCCAGACAGCGGUGUGCUGCAGCUCUUCUCCUCCUCUCUGGACUGUGGGAUCCGUGUGUGGGACCUGCGCUCCAGCCAGUGUGUGUGUGUGCUGCAGAGCCACUACAGCGCUGUCACCGCCCUGGCCUUCACACCCGACGGGAACACCAUGGUCAGCUCUGGCCGGGACAAGAUCUGCACUGUGUGGGACCUGAAGAGCCGGGAAGUGGUGCGGACUGUGCCUGUGUACGAGGCUGUGGAGGCUGUAGUACUGCUUCCUGAGGGUGGACAUUUCUCUCAGAUUGGUGUCAAAACCAAAGGACUUCACUUCAUCACUGCAGGGAGCAAGGGUGUGCUGAGGCUGUGGGAGGCCAGCUCCGCUCGCUGCCUGUUCACGCAGCCCCCCCCAGCGAGCGCCCCGGCCCCUAGCGCUGACGAGGACGGCGCUGAGGAGGAGUGGAGCCAGCGCGGCCUGACGCACUGCCUCCACCUGCCCGACUCCGCCCGCCUGGCCACUGUCACCGCCGAGCACAACAUUCUGCUGUACCAACUGCCUUCACUCGCCCUGCAGCAGCAGUUUGUGGGGUACAAUGACGAGGUGCUGGAUGUGAAAUUCCUGGGCAAGGGCGACAGCCAUAUCGUCGUGGCGACAAACAGCCCCCAACUGAAGGUGUUUGAAUUGGCCUCGCGCAGCUGCCAAAUCCUGUACGGACACACAGAUACGGUGCUGGCCCUGGACAUCUUCAAGAAAGGGUCGAUGUUUGCCAGCUGUUCAAAGGAUAACACCGUCAGAGUGUGGCGGAUGGACACAGAGAGCGGGGAGGUGAGAUGCCUGGCGCAGGGAUCCGGGCACGCCAAUGCAGUGGGAUCCAUCUCCUGCUCCAGGUUGAAGGAGAGUUUUGUGGUGUCCGGCAGCCUGGACUACACCAUCAAGGUGUGGGAUAUCCCAGAGCAGCAGGGGGAGGGAGAAGCUGGGGAACAGCUGCUGUCUGUGCGGUCCACAGAGAAGGCACACGACAAGGAUGUGAACAGCGUAGCGGUCUCCCCAAAUGACAAGCUGGUGGCGUCGGGGUCUCAGGACCGCACGGUCAAGGUGUGGUCGCUGACGGACCUGGUGCUGCUGGGGGUGUGCCGGGGGCACCGCCGUGGCGUUUGGUGUGUCCAGUUCUCCCCCAUGGACCAGGUCCUGGCCAGCGCCUCGGCCGACGGCUCCGUCAAACUCUGGGGCCUGCAGGACUUCAGCUGCCUCAAGACGUUUGAAGGGCACGACGCCUCUGUGCUCAAAGUCAUCUUCGUGAGCCGCGGGAGUCAACUGCUAACCAGUGGUUCUGACGGUCUGGUCAAACUGUGGACCAUAAAGACCAACGAGUGUGUGAAGACUCUGGACGGCCACCAGGACAAGGUGUGGGGCCUCCACGCCAACCGCAAGGACAACCUGACUGUGACCGGCUCAGCCGACUCCAACAUCAUGCUGUGGCAGGACGUCUCUGAGGUCGAGCUUGCAGAAGAGCAGGCCAAGCAGGAGGAUCAGAUUCUGAAGCAGCAGGAGCUGUCCAACCUCCUCCAGGAGAAGAAGUUCCUGAAGGCCCUAGGCCUGGCCAUAUCCCUGGACCAGCCUCACACCGCACUCCGGGUCAUUAAAGAGAUCCGGCAGGGGCGGGAUGGCGAUGAGCAGCUGGAGAGCACUGUGCUGAGGCUGAGACGCGACCAGAAAGAGUCUGUGCUGCGGUACUGUGCGGUGUGGAACACUAACGGGCGGAGCUGUCUGGAUGCCCAGGCCGUGGUGCAGGUGCUGCUGAAGCACCACACCCCUGAGGACCUGCUGCAGUACCAGGGGGCUCGGAACAUUCUGGAAGCCCUCAUUCCUUACACAGACAGACACAUGCAGAGGAUCAGCCGCUUGCUGCAAGCCUCCAUGUUCCUGGACUACAUGUGGCAGAAGAUGCGAGUGACUGGCCAAUCAAGUGUGGAGCCUCAGGCCGAAGACAUGGACACGACACCUGUUGCCCAGGCCCCGCCCGUCUUCACCAUUGACACCUCGCCCGGUCAGGAGGUGGAGGGAGGGGGGCGGGAGGAUGAGGAAGAGGAGGAAGGGGAGACUGCAGAGGAAAGUCGAGAGGAUAGCGGAGACGUCGGCGUGGUCAGCGGGAAGGCAGGCGAGAAGGGGAUGAAGGAGCGAGGGAGGGAGGAACCCGAAAUGGCCGACCGGUCCGCCAGCGGGGAGAGCUCGGGCGAGGAAGACGAGGGCAGGGCCGAUGGACCGCAGACGGAAAAUGGGAUUGGCUGGUCCACAGAGGCCCCGCCCCUUCAGGCGGGACUGAUCAGGUGAUCAGAAGUGGCGGGGCCAAAGGGAGGCGGCAUGAGCGCAUUGAGCUGACGCCCGAACCUGGGGCCCACGCCCAUGCCCCCGGGCAUCUCCGAGGCACAACAAGCGGCGAAAUCCACCUCCCACCCAAUCUCACUGACGACGUGACCCAGAAAAACUAAACUGGGGCAGAUAGGUUGUUUCCUAAGACAUGGCUGUACCUGGAACUCCUCAUAAUUGCAUGCUGUACGUUUGCAAGCUCCGCUUAAUUAUUUUGCAAACAACCAAUCCUGUUCCACUUGACUACUUGACCACCAUGUACGUGCAAAAUCACACACUAGCCGUAUGCGUGUGUCUGCGUGGGUGCUCAAGUGCACGUCAGCAGAGUUGGCUGCAACUCUUGCUGCCUUGAAUUCUCCGAUUUCACAUCCGAUUGGUUAAAUGUCUUAUUUGGUAGGUUUUGUUUGGGCAAGAAGAUCCAUGCACGUUCCAGGCUGUGUGCUUUGUGUGCAGGCUGUCUGACCCGUUUCCCUGCAUUCUGACCGCAGUUGAGAUUUCCUCUCUUCUCUAUCUAUCUGAUUGCUUGGCUCCAAAGAACAGUGAAAAUGCAGGAUUUGGAGUGUGUGAAAGUUCCGUCAUGUUUUUUAAUGUUUGUAUGGUUUUGGAAGCCGGGGCUAAUAUAUGUCCAUAACAGGAAUUCUGCUAAUUGUGUUCAUUUCAUCUACUGCUAUCCACAAAAUCUUUUACUUAAAACGUUUUUGUGAAAACAUCUUCUGAAAUUAAGUCCAAAAUGACUUUAAUAAAUUUGUUUUUUCAAAUAA